AUGUAUGAUGCUAAGCCUGCUUCAGUGCCCUUAGCUGCUCAUUUUGUGUUGAGUAAAGACCUUUGCCCUCAAACUGAUCUUGAAAUCAAUUCCAUGAAGAAAGUUCCCUAUGCUAAUGCUAUUGGAUCUGUUAUGUACUUAAUGGUCAGUACUAGACCUGAUAUUGCUUAUGCUGUUUCAUGCUUGAGUAGAUAUAUGUCUAAUCCUGGUCCUGUGCAUUGGGAAGCUUUGAAGUGGUUGUUGAGAUACUUGAAGCAUACUGCAAAGUAUGGUUUAUGCUAUUCUAAGUGUGAAGAAGGUGUUAAACUUGCUGGAUAUGUUGAUUCUAACUAUGCUAAUGACAGGGAUAAGAGGAAGUCCACCACUUCCUAUGUUUUUACUGUGUGUAGGUCCUGCAUUAGUUGGAAGUCACAACUGCAACAUAUUGUUGCCUUGUCUACUACUGAGUCUGAGUACAUUGCUAUCACUGAAGCUAUGAAAGAAGCUGUGUGGCUAAAGGGAGUACUUUCUGAACUUAACUUUGUGAAAACUCCUCCUGUGGUAUUCUCUGACUCUCAAUCUGCUAUUCAACUGUGCAAGAAUCCUGUUUUCCAUGAUAGAACUAAGCAUAUUGAUGUAAGAUUUCAUUACAUUAGGGAUAUUGUAGAAAAAUGUGAAGUUUUUCUUUCUAAAGUACACACAGAUAAGAACCCAGCUGAUAUGGGUACUAAAUGCUUACCUCUUGAAAAACUAAUUUUCUGCAUUAAGUUUUUGCAUUUUGAUUUUGGAUAA